CUUGGUGGCGACAUUCUCUGGCUUGCGCCGACGGAUGUCAGGAGGGUGCUGGGCUACCGGGUCUACCUCAGCACUGGGCUGCGGGCGGGACAGCCGAGGUCCCUCAUAGGUUCAGAAAUAGCGGUUGGCGCUACCCAGAAUUUCCUCCCUGCCGAGAGUGCCAUGCAAACCUGGACGCACGUUGCCGUCUUCACCCGCUCGCAGCUCGUCGAGCAGACGACACCGGCAGGUGCAAGCAUCUCUGACACGUCGUCGUCGGUUUCGGCCAUGGACUUUCCUGACGAUGAUUUGGAUCAGUUUGAAAUUGGCGGUCUGCUAUCCUGGAAGAACCCCAGCGACUUCAGCGAGGUCAUCGAUUACGAGGUCUAUCUCGCCGAAGACAGCAACGGCACGAACCGCUCCUACCUGGGCAAUGUUUCGGUUGGCACCAACAGCUUCGACGUUCCUGCAGAGACGGGAUUGCAAUCGUUCAGUCACCUGGUAGUAUACACCCGUUCUCCACUGGUGGAGCAGAGCACGCCGGAAGCCUUGCGCAUCAUCGAAACUGUUGCCAGUGUCUCGGCGAUUAGCUUCGUGGACCUGGACUUGGAUACAGACGAGCUUGGAGGUCGCUUGCUGUGGCAAGAGCCGGCAUCCACCGAGCGAGUCGAGUUCUACGUAGUGUACCUUGCCCUGGACUCGGUCGGCACUGGUGGAGAAGUGCCGGUCGGCACGCAGCGGACCACAUUGCCGACGGUGAACAUCACCGCGCUUGACAUCCUCUACGAUACCCCUCGCCAAAACUUCAGCCACCUUGUAAUCUACACAAGGUCUUCACUGGCCGAGCAGACAACUCCGGUCGCAGCAGCACUUUCGGACACGUUCGCAACAGUGUCCAACGUCACCUUCGCUGACUACGACUUGGAUGCUACUGAUAUCGGGGGGCCCCUGACAUGGGAUCCUCCGGGUGAUGUCUCCGAAGUGGUGACGUACAUCGUGUAUCUGGCCAGAGCA